AAGAAACCAGCUCGAAACAUCGGACACCAACUGUUCUAGUCUAACAAUGAAAGCCCAAAUACUCACCCUGAUCGUCCUGGCGGCGUGCUACUGCUCAGCAUCGGACCUCGUCUGCCCGGAGCAGUUUGACCCGCAGAAUCCGACCUUCCUCCCGCACGCGGACUGUACCAAGUACUACGUGUGCAACUGGCUGACCCCCCUGGAGCGAAGCUGUCCCGAAGGGCUCCACUGGAACCCGCAGGCCAACUAUUGCGACUACCCCGUACAAGCCGGUUGCGUAGCAGGACCGGUCGUCACCUCCACGACUCCAGCAGUCCCGACUACGGCCAAGCCGGUCGAACGGUGUCCCGAGGAGUUCAACCCGGAUCACCAACCAAACUACCUGCCCCACGAAGACUGCACCAAGUACUACAUCUGCAGCUGGGGAGGCGCCGCCAUCGAGCAGGACUGUCCGGCGGGACUUCACUGGAGCCAGGUCAACCGGUACUGCGACUACCCGGGACAGGUUGAAUGCAGUGCAGCGGUGAGUCCUUCGACAGCAGCGCCAGCUGCUAGUUCCACCACGCCCAGUGCUGACUGCCCCGAGGUGUACGACCAAAGCCACCAGGUGUACUUCCCCCACGUUGACUGCACAAAGUACUACAUCUGCACGUACGAGGGCGCCAAGCUGGAACAAAACUGCCCCCCGGGACUGCAUUGGAGCGAGGUGAACAACUACUGUGACCAUCCGGAUCGUGCCCAGUGUAAGGUUGCGGCGGGAGGCUCCACUCAAGCGCCAACGACUUCUUCCGAAGAAGUGACCUCGGAGGUCACCACCCAGCAUCCGUCAGUGGAAUGUCCCUUCGGGGACGAUCAAGGCGUGCCGGUCUUUCUACCCCACGAAAGUGACUGCACCAAGUACUACGUUUGUGACAAUGGGCGUCCAGUUCAGCUGACCUGCCCGGCAGGACUGUUCUGGAACGCGAUCGAGACCACGUGCGACAAUCCGCAGCAGUCCGGUUGCGUUCAGCGUCUGCUUCUGCGACUCUGGUAGAUUACCAUUGAUUUAAGUAGGUAUUUAUUUUUUCCGGUCAUUUUGCUGCUGAGAGGUGUGAUUAAUAAAAGUGAAGAAUUUCUAGAAAAAGCA